AUGGAGUACAAGGAUGACUCAAUCAUUGACGAAGGUGGUUCCACCGGAUCACGAUGUGGGGGAGUAUUUUCCUUCGAAGGACUUAAUACACAAGGCCUUUUGGGAGUUCACUGGCUUCGGAAUCAUGAGAACUCCGAAGUGAAGCGAGUUGGGGCUAAAGCAAUCCCAGGAUGGGUGACCCACUGGAAAGUUGCUCGUGAGUUCCCAGAAACAAACAAAUGA